AUGAGCUCAAAACGUUUGAAAAACGAGAGAAAAAGCGUAGGUCCGCAAUGUGCUGCCUAUGGCUGUACGAACGCUUUUUAUAAGAAUCCAGACUUGAAUUUUUUCUCUUUCCCAAGUGACAAAUCAAAGCAAAAUCGAUGGUGUAAUCUUAUAAAGAGACGGCACGGCCAUGAUGGUUUCUAUAUCACGAGGUCAACAGUGGUUUGCAGUAGUCAUUUUUCGGAAAAAGACAUUUAUAAAACAUUAACUGGGAUCAAGAAACUAAAAAAAGACGCGGAACCAUCGCUUGGUCAUCAAUGGAGUAAACCUAAAGAUACCAACAAAAGAGCACUUCCUAAAUCAAGAGAAGUUGAGAUACUGGACAAAAGAACUGAAGAUAUUGUAACUAGUUGUAAUAUCGAAGAGGAUGUUGAAGUUCCAGUGGAAAACAUCGAUAAUAUGGAGGACUACCAAGAAAACUCUCAGGAUGAACUUAUAAAAGAGCUAAGGAUGCAAGUAGAUGGACUUCAGAAACAAGUACAGUCAUUAAACGAUGAAUGUCAGUAUCACAAGAGCAAAUAUUUUUCUCUCGAAAAAUAUAAAGAUGAUGAUAACGCCAUCUCGUUUUACACAGGAUUUGAAAAUCAUAAUGCACUAGUAGCCUUCUACAGAUAUCUUGAGCCUAAAGUACAGAAUUUGCAGUAUUGGAAAGACCUUGUGAGAAGAAAUAUGCCUGCAGAGUUUAACAAAUAUCCCACCACCAGAGUAGUGUUAGACUGUACAGAAGUUUUUAUAGAAAAACCAUCAGCAAUGAUUGCGCAGUCCCAAACUUGGUCCCAGUACAAACAUCAUAAUACCUGGAAACUGUUGGUAGGAGUAUCCCCAAAUGGACAGGUGACCUUUGUAAGUGAGGCUUGGGGUGGUAAAGCUAGCGAUAAACAAAUCACCAAAGAAUGUGGUAUUCUUAAUUUAGUAGAGGCAGGAGACAACCUCAUGGUGGAUCGUGGCUUUGAGAUAGAUGACAUUGUCCCCUUGGGAGUAAAAGUAAACAUGCCACCAUUUCUUGGGAGUAGAAGUCAGAUGGCGGCAAGUGAGACAGAACAAACAAUGCGUAUUGCAUCUGUUCGCAUUCAUGUUGAGAGGGUUAUUCAAAGGAUCAAGUCAUUUCAUAUUUUGGAUGGAACAUUACCUAACACUAUGGCACCAUGGAUCAACCACAUCUUCAGUGUUUGUGCCAGACUGACAAAUUUUUGGCCACCCCUUCUUCCCCCAGCUAACUUAAGAAAGAGCUGA